CACAAUUCCUUAAGAGAAUACUUUACACAGUUACACCAGAAGAAGGAGAGGCCACAAGCUGCACUCUCAGGACAUGGGUAUGCACGGAUCCAAGCCUCGGAAACAAGCGCAGGUCCUGAUGCUCGGCCUGGACGGAUCAGGAAAGACCACCCUGCUUUACAAACUCAAGUACAACGAGAGCGUGGUGACGGUUCCAACCGUGGGCUUCAACGUGGAGACGCUGGAGACGGACAGGAGCAGCCCAGGCCUGACUGUGUGGGAUGUGGGUGGCCAGAGGAAGAUGAGGCCCCACUGGAGGCAUCACUACACCGACACAGCCGCACUGGUGUUUGUGGUGGACAGCCGGGACCAGAAGAGGCUGGACGAGGCCUGCAAGGAGCUCCAUCGGGUCCUGAGGUACGAGAGUCUCAGAGGAGUUCCCCUCGUGAUUCUCGCCAACAAACAGGACCUUCCUGGUGCUCUAAGCCCUGAAGCUCUUUGCCUGAAGCUGGACUUGAGGAGAGUGUGCGACGGCCGCGACUGGUUCAUCCAGCCCUGCUCGGCCACCACCGGGAUGGGUCUGGAAGAAGGGUUCAGGAGGGUAGUUUAUCUGAUGAAGACCCCCUUGAAACAGACUCAGGAGGACAUUCAAGAUAAGAUGAGGUCUAAAGGCUUCAGUGUCACAGCUAUGAAAAAAACUUUGCUGUGUGGAAGUUGAUGUACAAACAUUUUUUUUCUUUAGUUUUAUUCAUACCAUGUGCAGGAUUCCUCCUCGCCUGCCGGAGCAGCUCAUCAGUGAGCAACCUGACUGAGACAUACCUAAGGUUGAAGAAUGAUACUGAGACAGAGAUCAGGGUGUGUCUGUGUGGUAGAGCUCUUAAGGAAUCGUGAGGAAGAUAUUGGAUGGUGAUGAUAGAUUCUGUGAUUCUGUGAGAAAUCCUAAAAUCAGUCAGACACAAAAUGUGCACAGAAGACUGAGAACAAAUGAGGCUUUAACAAGUUUACGUGGAUCCAAGAUUUAUUUUUUCCACCUGUGCUGAUUUCUUUCUUUAUUUUUAUUAUUUUUAAUAUCUGUAUGUAUGUCUGUAUGUAGCUGUAUUUAUUUAUUUGGAAUUAGUGUCAUUUCACAAUUUGUUAAACUGUGAAUCUUUUCAGCAACAAAAACAUGACACAAACAUCUGAUACUGUAUAAGUCUGAUACUGAUGUCAUGUGUUCAAAUCUGUCAGCUCAUGUCAUGUUUUAUGCAUUUGUGGGCUGAUGCUGUUGCACAGUUCAUAAAUAUGUCUGUUUGUUGUACUGAAAUAAAAAUAUCUGCAGCUGAA